CUUCGAUAAAAGCAACCAGCAAAAGUAAAGUGAAUUUUAAUAACCAGACAGAAAAAAAAAAAACUAGAAAGUGACGUGUUUUUUUUUCGUUCCCGUGUUGUUCCUGGACGACACAACACAAACAGUGCUAUCGAUGGCUAAAUAGUGCAAUCCUACGCCUAAAUAAAUUCCAUCCACCCGCUAAAGUGAGCCAGAGUCGAGCUCUCUGGCCGUGUAAAUCCCUCCACAAUGACAACCCCGGAAAAAGAUAACUGUUCCUCCUCGUCAUCCUCGCAUUACGCUCUGCACGUAGCGCUGCAGACGAUGAAGGAGCGCUGUCAGAAUCUGCAGAAACGCUUGAGUGCACUGGAGGAGGAAAACCUUGGACUCAGGAUGGCUCAUCCGAAUAUGUCCUCGUCGGACGCGACACACGAACGGAGGGUCUCCAAUCAGACUGAGCUGGAGGUCCUGCGGGAGAAAGUGUCCGAACUGUCGCGCCAGAAGAUCCAACUGACGGAUCACAUCUCGAUGGUGGCCGCGGAGAAUAGGCAACUGUGGAGCAGGCUGUCCAAGUUGACCAAGGACAAUCAAGCGCUCGGGGGAUCGGUUGCACGGAUGAAGGAAUCGACUGUAGGGGGUUCGCAAAACUUGAUCCGAUCUAAAACCUUCACCAAGAAUGCACCCAAUCCGAUGCUUCGGGACAGACUACCCCGGGAAGGUAGCGAAGGAUCGUCCUCUUCGGAGGAUAUCAAUAUGGAACUGGAAGAUGUAUCGCUGCUCAACAAGUGCGGAUUCAUUGACAGUGGAACUGGAGCGGAGAUGGGCUUUCUGCAGCAAGAUGGGGAGGAGCUGUUGAUGUUUGAUCUGGAGAACAAUCCGGACGCCAAACGGUGCACCGAAGGGUUACUGGAAAUUCAAAAGGAGUUGCUGAGGCAGCAGACCAUACUGAAGCUCGCUGCUGGGAAAUUGCAGACUAAGCAAGAAACAUGUCAAGCAUGCAAAAACAAGAAGACUGAUGCCAAACCCCAGAUGGUGGACAAAACUGUGGAAGUUGGUAAUGACCUUCCCGAGCAAGGUCAGUUGGCGCAAUCCACCGAGGAUCUUCCCUUGCCGGAGAUUCCAAAGGUCCCGACCGUUUCGAAGAAUGGAACCGCGGCACCGACGGAAACGGAAGCCAGUACUCUAAAAUACAUCAACAUCCUGCAGGAGAAGGUCAAAGCGGACACGCAGGACAAAAUGUGUCCCAUGUGCGGUAAGAUCUACGUGAAGAACAUUCCCUUCGAUGAAUUUCAGGAGCACGUGGAGGGACAUUUCAUCGACGACAACGAGAUGGAUCUUAGUCUGGAUCGGACGUACGAGUACAUCUCCCAGACGGUCGGUAACUUUUGACCGGACGCCGAGCGGCGGAUUUACUUUUUUAGCGAAUUGUAGCAAUGUACCUAAAACGGACGUGUGACGCUGGAAGCAGGACAUGGAAGCCAUGACAAGGAUAGCAGUAAAAUCACCAGGAAGUAGGCUCUUAUUUGAAUGGGUUGGAUUAAAUUGCGAUUGCGUUUGUGAUUGGUUUGGAAUGACGUCGGUUCUGAAUUGUGUAAGUAUUGUUGAGUGUUCUUCGUUUAGUAAAUAGUGAUCAAACAAAAAUAUGCCAACUGCGUAUUAAAUGUCAGUUGCGCCAAGUUUUUAUCAUCAGAAUUAUGCAAAUCUGGCAUUCAGAAUCAUAAGAACUUAACUGCAAUGAUCGAUUUUCUCAUUGAAUAAAUUGAAUAAAAACAUUUUCCGAAGUUCGAGCAAUACAGCAAACGCCCCGAAAAUGUAAAUCCAGUCGAGGUAUUACCCAAAAAGAGAAAAUCGAUGAUGAGAAUCAAUCAUUGUAGUUAGGCCAUUAUGACUCUGAACGCUAGAAAUAUUUACUCCCGUAUCUUACGUGCACUCGUUGGUGCGCAUCGCUUUUGGGCAAUUGGUGAUGAGGAAAUUGCUUUCCAUGUAGCCUUAGGUUCUGAGCGAUUGUAAUAAACUUUUGACUU